AUGCCGCCCAAGAGAACACCAGUGAAGAAGGUGCCAGAUCCAGCUGAUGACGGAGAACUGAGAGCGCUGUUCCUCAACCGAGGAGCUGCUCAACGAAAUGUGAGCCGAAUCCAGACCAUCCUGGAACAAGCCGAAGCAGACAACAUCGAGCUAACCUCAGCCAAGAUAAAGGUGUACCAACGAAGCGUCGAGAAUGCUCACACUGAGUACACCAGAUUUCAUCAACAAAUCAUCGCCAUGUCUCCGUCAGAUGGACUUGAGGAGCAAGAAGAGUGUUACCUCAAGUUUUUGGACUUGUAUGAGGAGGUAUCUGUGCUGCUCGGGAGCUGGAGCGAGAAGCUAACUGCGCCCCCAUCCCAGCAGCCACCGUGUGCCACCACCAACCAGCAGCCGAUCAUCGUACAGUCUCAGUCAUUCCGUGCUCCGUUGCCAACCUUCGAUGGACGUUAUGAAGCAUGGCCACGCUUCAAGGCCAUGUUUCAAGAUCUGAUGCAGCGCUCAUCAGAUUCGGACGCGGUGAAGCUAUACCACCUGGAAAACUCUUUGAAGGGAGAAGCCACCGGCGUAAUCGACCUGGAGACGUUGCAGAAUAACAACUACCAGCGCGCAUGGGACAUCCUGGAGGAGAGGUUCGGCAACAAGCGACUAAUCGUGGAGUCCCACAUUCUAGGGCUGCUGAAUAUGAAGAGGAUGGCUAAGAAGUCGUCUAAGGAUCUCCGAAGCUUAAUCGAUGAAUGCACCCGCCACGUGGAGAACCUUGUCAAGCUUGGCCAACCACUGCUAGGAAUGUCGGAGUUGCUCGUGGUAACCGUGCUCACUCGCGCAUUGGAUGACCAGACCCGCGAGUUGUGGGAGGCUUCGAUUGAUCAGACGGAGCUCCCGGAAUACGAGCAGACGAUCGAGUUCCUCAAACAAAGAUGCGUCAUCCUGGAGAGAUGCGAGAAGAGUGCUCCCAUCGUGUCCCCGAAUUCCAAGAUCUCCAACCAGAAGCCGCCUGGGUCCAAGCUCGCGCCUUCCAAGACUUCGCACGCAGCGGCAGUGACUUCGGAGUAUAUGUGUGAUUUCUGUUCCGGUCAACACCAGAACUACAAAUGUUCCAACUUCCUGAAGAUGUCUGUGGAUCAGCGACAAGCAAAGGUAAAGGAAGUAAAUCUUUGCUUCAACUGCCUAAGGAAAGGCCAUCGUGGUGCAGCGUGUUCCAGCGAUAAGUCGUGUUCAAAGUGCUCCAAGAAACACCACACGCUACUUCAUUUCGAACGUGAGAAGCCCGAAGUGAAACCCACUGAUGCGCCGAAGACUCCAGAAGGGAAGCCGGUACCUGCAGUGCAGCCGGUGAAUACAUCGUGUUCCAGCAGCAUUCCUCCACCGGGUAAGCAGGUAUUCCUGAUGACUGCAAUGGUCAACCUGACCGCCAAAAAUGGCCAAGUUCAUCGUGUGCGAGCCUUGUUGGACUCCGGAUCGCAGAUCAACGUCAUUUCCGAGUCUGUGGUUCAAAGAUUGAAGCUUCCGAAACAACCAGCGAAUGUUCCCGUCAUCGGCGUCGGAGGUAACAAGUCCAAGAUGCACCACAAGGUGGUGGUGCGGAUGACAUCGAACUACAGCGAUUAUGCUGUCAACGUUGAAUGCCUCACUACUCCGAAGGUGGCGGGCACGGUUCCGCCGGUGAGUGUUAACAUCGAUGCGUGGAACAUCCCGCCUGGUAUUCUGCUAGCCGACGCCGCCUUCCAUUGUCCAAACGAGAUCGAGAUGUUGAUUGGAGCUGGUCUGUUCUUUGACGUUCUUAAGCAAGGUCAGAUCAGAUUGUCCAGCACUCUGCCGACCCUGUACGAAACCCAAUUCGGAUGGGUAGUAGCUGGUACGUACGAUGACCAGGACGAUGAUCGCCCUGUAUGUGCCAACAUUGUCGUCCAACGAUGGAUUAGAGGAGUGCCUGAAGCGAUUCUUCGACCAGGAGGAAAUUGUCGAGCCUGCAAUGACAAGCACCGAGGAAGAACGGUUUGA